AGUUUGGGUCUUGUAGCGUUGUUGUGAGCUUAUCUCACACGCUGUUCAGGUGUUAAACGUUUCGGUCGUCACACCGCAUUUGUUUUUUUGUUUCUGUGGUGAAUUGGGGGUCGUUGUCGUGGUGGUGUCGGCUGCAGUGGGCUUUGUGGCUGCCAUGUUGGAGCAGUGAGCAUGGCGGACGGGCUGGAGUGUUACGGCUACUUGGAGGGCCAGUUCACCGGGCAACGUUCCACUGACGACCCGGAGGUGGCAGCUAUCAAAGCCAGGGUUGUGGAGAUGGAAGAAGAAGCAGAAAGGGUGCGAGAGGAGGAAAGCUGUGAUGCUGCCGAGAUGCAGCUCCUGUCCAACAGCCCUCAGCCUGAGCCUUUCUACAACAUGACUCAUGAGGAGAGGAUAGAUGCAGACAACAGAUCAGUCUAUGUUGGCAAUGUGGACUACGGGGCAACUGCUGAUGAGUUAGAGAUCCAUUUCAAUGGCUGUGGUCCUGUGAACCGAGUGACCAUCCUUUGUGACAGGUUCUCUGGCCAUCCCAAGGGCUUUGCUUACAUCGAGUUUUCUGAUCGAGAUUCUGUGCAGAGUGCUAUUGGUUUGCAUGAGACCUUGUUUAGAGGAAGAGUUCUCAAGGUAAUGCCUAAGAGGACCAAUAUGCCGGGCAUUAGCACCACAGACAGGGGAGGACCACGAGGUGGUCGUUCCAGAGGUAGAGGCUUCCGUGCACAUAGAUACCAUAGUAGUUCUCAAGGCAGGUUCCGUUAUCAGUCAACCAGGCUGCAGAAUCCAGCACCCCACCCUUACUAUGGAGGUCCUUCAGUGGGUAAGCGACAGUGGGGUCAAGUGGAUUCCCAUGAUCAAAUGCCUAAACGUUACCCAUGUCUUCUUCUCAUCACCCCACCAUCAGAGACGUCAGAGGCACCGUCGAGAGGACAGUACUAUCCCCAACAACGCUAAAAGUAGGUGACUAGAACUGAGUAAAACGUGUUUCCUGUCAUUGAGUAUUAUGCGACACCAGAAUGGACCUCAAGUUUUAACAUCAGAAUAAACAAGCUGUCAUUGAUUCCUCCAUCGGCGAUUCAUGUGAAGAAUGGGGUUCAGGGUUUCUUUAACGUUUUUGCUUUAUAUGCUUGUGUUCUUGUGAGUGCAUGGGACUGUAAUGGACUGUCAUGUAGUUGCUUCUUUUAUUACAGACUGUAAUGUUUUGUUGCUGCCUGCAAUGUAUCACAUCCAUCCUUUUGCUUAAGUUUUUGCUAUUGAAGUGAAUAAAUAAACGUCUUGAACUUUUUUCUUCAGUAAAA